UCUCAAUCUCUUUGACGGGUGUGUCAGGAAGUUAAACUUCACUCUCUCCCUGACUGUUCAACAGACAACAACACAAUGCCUGGAAAGAAAGUUUGUAUUAUUGGCUCUGGAAACUGGGGUUCUGCCAUUGCAAAGAUCAUCGGGCACAAUGUUAAAGCCUCAAACCGCUUCGACCCAAUUGUGAAGAUGUGGGUUUAUGAGGAGAUGAUUGAUGGCCGUAAACUCACCGAGAUCAUCAACACCGAACACGAGAACGUCAAGUACCUCCCGGGACACAAGCUGCCCAAAAAUGUGGUGGCUGUUCCUGACGUCACUGAGGCGGCGAAAGAAGCCGACUUCCUGAUCUUCGUCAUUCCUCAUCAGUUCAUUGUGAAAAUCUGUGACCAGAUGAAACCUCACGUCAAACCCGGAGCCCUCGGGAUCUCCCUCAUUAAAGGUGUCGACGAGGGUCCGGACGGUCUGACCCUGAUCUCUGACAUCAUCAGGUCGAAGCUGGAGAUCGAGGUCAGUGUGUUGAUGGGCGCAAACAUCGCCAGCGAAGUGGCCGACGAGAAGUUCUGCGAGACGACCAUCGGAGCCACUAAUGAGCCGAACGGCAAGAUCUUCAAAGAGCUUCUGCAGACGCCGAACUUCCGCAUCACUGUGGUGAAGGAGAGCGACACGGUGGAGCUGUGUGGCGCUCUGAAGAACAUCGUGGCGGUGGGCGCCGGGUUCUGUGACGGCCUGGGCUUCGGGGACAACACUAAAGCCGCCGUGAUCCGGCUGGGGCUGAUGGAGAUGGUGGCGUUCUCCAAGCUGUUCUGCAAGAGCGCCGUCUCCUCCGCCGUGUUCCUGGAGAGCUGCGGCGUCGCAGACCUCAUCACCACCUGCUACGGCGGACGCAACCGCCGCGUGGCCGAGGCCUUCGCGCGCACACAGAAGUCGAUCGCAGAGCUGGAAGCGGAGAUGUUGAACGGCCAGAAGCUCCAGGGUCCUCAGACGUCUGCGGAGGUUUACAAGAUCCUUCAGAAGAGAAACAUGACCGACAAGUUUCCCCUGUUCGUGUCCGUGUAUCAGAUCUGUUUCGAGGGACGUCAGGUGAAGGAGUUCAUCAGCUGUCUUCAGAAUCACCCGGAGCACAUGUGACCGACACACACACACACACACACACACACACACACACUACUGGCUCUGAGGAGACGAGUCACACUGUUAAUGAGGAACAGAAGUGUUUUCUGAUGAUCGUCUCAGUAUUGUGUGUUCAUCUCGACUCAGGACUGUAACGCUGGUAAACGCACACUACGCUUUUACAUUUGUUUUGUAGAUUAAUAUAAAACACAAUCAAUAAAAGCCAUGCUGCUUAUUUUAA